UGGUUUGUGCCCCCAUCUUCCUCUGUUGAGCUGUUUUGCUGCUUCUUUUUCAGGGUAAAUUCACGCUGCUGCGAGACACCAGAACAGAUGGCAGCUUCCUGGUGCACCAUUUCCUCUCCUUCUACCUCCGAGCCGGCUGUAAGGUUUGCUUUGUGGCCCUGCUCCAGUCCUUCAGUCACUACAACAUUGUCGCACAGAAGCUGGGGGUCAGUCUGACAGCUGCCAAAGAGCAGGGCCAGCUCGUCUUCUUGGAAGGCCUCAAGUCCUGCCUCGACCUCGUGUUUGGAGAAGAGGAGGAGCAGCCAGGACAGCCCAGACCCCUUCAGUUUGUCAGCGAGAGCUCUCCCAGCCUCAAAGCCUUGUUUGACUUUGUCCGGACGUCGCUGACUCCCGCCAGCGGUGACUCCUGGAAGAGCCCUGUCCUGCUGGUGGACGACCUCGGUGUCCUGCUCAGCCUGGGGGCCGCGCCGGUGGCCGUGCUGGACUUCAUCCACUACUGCAGGGUCGCCGUGUGCUCCCAGCUGAAGGGAAACAUCGUGGUGCUGGUCCACAGCAAUGAGGAGUCAGAAGACGAGGAAAACGAACUGGUGGUGAACUCUCUGUGUCAUCACAGUGACCUGAUCCUGUGGGUCGAGGGGCUGGCGACCGGCUUCUGCAAGGAUGUUCACGGGCAGAUUAAAAUAAUUAGGAGAGUGUCCUUGGAGCUGACGGCGGAGCAGGAUCUCGUCCAGACCUACCAGUAUAAGAUCCAGGACAGGAACGUCACUUUUUUUGCUAGAGGGCUGUCAGCUGCGGUCCUGUGA